AUGGCAAUCUCCAAGUUUCUUGUUGUCUUGGCUCUGUUCUUUACAUGCCUAUCUCUUGCUAUUUCAGAACCGAGCAAACCCUGGGAACAAACUGAAAUGGUGAAUCCCAAUGAAGAAACCGAUGUGAAAGAGCCAGAUCAAAAUGGUGGAGGAUACACAGGUUGGUGCAGGCACGGUUGCUGCUAUGGGGGAAGCAACGGAUGCAGAGCCGGCCCUGAGGGCAAGCCACCAAAGCCCAUGCUUGUGGCCCCAAAUUGA